AGAGAGAGAGAGAGAGAGAGAGAGCGAUCAGGGAUCGCUGACAACAACGGGCUGGCUCAUGCUGGAAAAGUCAGAAACGCAACAUUUUCUCUCUCUGUGAUCCGACAGUUUUCAACUCCAACCUUCUUCUCUUUCUGACAGCACAUUGUAUGUUUUCUUCGCUCGCUUUGGGACUGCAUUUCUCAUUCCGUCUGCCUGAAAUGACUGGAUAGGGACCGCGUCUAGCCAAUGCUUGCUGCAGGGGCUUCUGUCUUGUGGAUUAUCCGUCGUCGUCGUCGCCGAGCAAGUCGUACGGUCGAGCCCGGAGGAGGCCCCGCUCUGCUGGAUGGAUGUGUGUGAGGCGGCGCGGUGAUAAUGAUGCUGCUGCUCGGCUUUCAUCGGCACUGGGUCAACUGAUCUUGGAUGUCCGGGCUACAUCGCCCCCCGUACACGAACCAUUUUCUCCCACAGCAACACUUUAAUUCCUUAAAAACUGGACGCCCCUGGAGCAGUUUAUGACGAGCCUGGUAGGAGCGUGAUGAGCGCGCGCUUCCGCUUGCCUGCUGGCAGAUCCUACAAUGUCCGGGCGACGGAGCUGGAGCGAGACAGGCAGCACACACAGGUUGUGUGCAACGUGCUGCUGCUGGACAACACUGUGCAGGCGUUCAAAGUCAACAAGUCGGAUCACGGCCAGGUGCUGCUGGACGUCGUGUUUAAGCACCUGGAGCUGACCGAGAGAGACUACUUUGGCCUGCACCUGGCUGAUGAUGGCUCAGACACACCACGCUGGCUGGAUCCCAAUAAGCCCAUCAGGAAACAGUUAAAAAGAGGGUCUCCACAUAACCUGAGCUUCAGAGUCAAAUUCUUUGUAACUGAUCCGAGUAAACUUCAGGAAGAAUACACACGGUACCAGUAUUUCCUUCAGAUCAAGCAGGAUAUAUUAACUGGAAGAUUGCCCUGUCCUCACAACACAGCUGCGCUGCUGGCAUCCUAUGCUGUUCAGUCCGAGUUGGGGGACUACAGUGAAGCGGAGCAUUCUUCCGGCUACCUGUCCGAAUUCUGCUUCAUCCCAAACCCCCCACAAGACUUCCACAAAGAGGUCUCCAAACAUCACCAGCAGCACAGCGGUCUAUCUCCUGCCCAGUCGGAGUUUAAUUAUCUGAACACAGCACGCUCGCUGGAGCUCUACGGGGUGGAGCUGCACUAUGCAAGGGACCAGAGCAACGCAGAGAUUCUGAUUGGGGUGAUGUCCGCUGGCAUUGUGGUUUACAAGAACAGGGUACGGAUCAACUACUUCCCAUGGUUGAAAAUAGUGAAAAUCUCCUUCAAGUGCAAACAGUUUUUCAUCCAGCUGAGAAGAGAGGCGGCAGAGACUCGGGAGACACUGCUGGGCUUCAACAUGGUCAACUACCGGGCCUGUAAGAACCUGUGGAAGGCCUGCGUAGAGCACCACACCUUUUUCAGGCUGGAGCGGCCCAUCCCCCCACAGAAAAACUUCUUCGCUCACUACUUCAGCCUGGGCUCAAAGUUCAGAUACUGUGGGAGGACAGAAGUGCAAUCUGUGCAGUAUGGAAAGGAGAAAGGGAUCAAGGACAGAGUUUUUGCCAGGUCUCCCAGCAAGCCAUUGGCGAGGAAGUUGGUGGGCGGGACCGACUGGGAGUCGGUGAGCAGGAACAGCCUAUCAGACGAGAGACUGGAAACCCAAAGCCUGCCCACACGUUCGCCACCUGGAACGCCGAACCAGAACUCGCUGUUUGUCCAAGACGGCACACGGCUACGCCCGUCGUCGGUUGGCCACCUGGUGGAUCAUGUGAUCCACGCUUCGCCCAGCCUACCUGUCUUCUCCUCCAAUCACAAGUCGGCGUCGUCCACGCAGGCCAACAGCAUCAGCCUGGACUCAACACCGUCUCCCGAUGGGGUAGAUGGCCAGCCUCCRGCUCUGCCCCCGAAGCAGCUGAGCAGGAAAACACUGAGCCAGAUCAUCCAGGCCCAUUCGCAGCAGAGCCUCCUGGACAACCACCUCAACGAGAUGUACGACGUUCCCGUCAACGCCGACAAAACCACGCUGAACGGAGUCGUCCCACACGAUAAUCUGGUCCUGAUCAAGAUGAGGCCCGAUGAACACGGACGUUUCGGCUUCAAUGUCAAGGGUGGAGCUGACCAGAAGAUGCCCAUCAUUGUGUCMAGAGUGGCUCCGGGAACCUCRGCCGACCUCUGCGUGCCUCGCCUUAACGAAGGGGACCAGGUGGUUCUAAUAAAUGGGCGGGACAUCUCUGACCACACCCAUGACCAGGUGGUGAUGUUCAUCAAGGCCAGCUGUGAAAGCCACUCUGGAGAACUCAUCCUACUGGUCAGGCCGAAUGCCAUCUACGACGUAGUGGAAGAGAAGGUCGACUCCGAGCCGGAAUUUCAGUACAUCCCAGAGAAGUCCCUGCAGGAUCCCACCCAGCUCGACCAACAUGCCUUGAGGGACUCCAUGGUGACUCUGAAGGAAGGCCUGAGUAGUGGAGCCAUUCUGGCUCAGUUUGAUCAACUGUACAGGAAGAGGCCGGGGAUGACCAUGCUGUGUGCCAAAUUACCUCAGAACGUUUCCAAAAAUCGCUACAGAGACAUCUCCCCAUAUGAUGCCACACGGGUCGUACUGAAAAGCACAGACGACUACAUCAAUGCAAACUACAUCAAUAUGGAGAUUCCUGCGUCCAGCCUGAUAAACCGCUACAUAGCGUGCCAGGGCCCACUGCCCAACACCUGCCCUGACUUCUGGCGGAUGACCUGGGAGCAGGGCUCGUCGAUGGUGGUUAUGCUGACCACACAGGUGGAGAGGGGCAGGGUGAAGUGUCACCAGUACUGGCCCAACCCAGACAGCAGCGCCACCUACGGAGACUUUAAAGUCACGUGCCACAACGAAGAAGGCAACUCCGCCUUCCUGGUGCGGGAGAUGACUCUCACUCACUCACAGAGUGAGCAGCAGAGAGAGCUCACUCAGCUCCAGUACCUGGCUUGGCCGGACCACGGCGUUCCUGAUGACUCUACAGAUUUCCUGGACUUUGUGGCUCUGGUACGAAGCAAACGGGCCGGACAGGACCAGCCCAUGGUGGUGCACUGCAGCGCCGGUAUUGGUCGAACUGGGGUUCUGAUCACCAUGGAGACAUCAUUGUGUCUGAUGGAGUGCGGCCAGCCUGUGUAUCCUCUGGAUAUUGUCAGAACCAUGAGAGAUCAGAGGGCCAUGAUGAUACAAACACCAAGCCAGUACCGCUUUGUGUGCGAGGCCAUCUUGAAAGUGUACGAUGAAGGUCUGUUCAAGCCCCAAGCAGCGGCCGUCUACCAGCUGAAGGAGAAGCCGAGGGAGGAAAAGGCUGAGGAGAAAACGAAGACGGAAGCGAAGAAAGAGGAGGGAAAAGAGGCGGAGAAAGUGGAAGAGGAAGCAGAGGUGGCUGUGGUGGAGCUUCUGGAGGGAGGCCUGGACGAGGAGGACGAGGACGACGACGAGGAAGUGGAGGUGUUGGACGUGGGGGACGUGACAGAAGAGGAGGAGGAGGAGCCGAGCGUCGCGAGCUGCACCAGCGUGACGAGUGAGACCAGCGCGAACCCAGAUCCGGAUCCUGUUCCUGCUGACCCCUGACCUCAGCAUGGAAGUCGCCAGGAGGAGGAGAAAACAGAAGCACUGUUGCACUUUAUGCCGACAAAAACGGAAAAAAAGGACAAACAUGAAAACGCUGAACUGAAACGACAACAAAAAACAACCAGAAAUCCAGCUGUGUUGAAUAGGUACAGUGACGGGGUGUUUUAUGAUCAGGGUUAGAAGACAAGUGUACAAAGAAUUAAAAAAAGUACGAAAAAUAAAGUUUGGAUUGGGAAAUCGCUGUAGUGCCAUAAGUCCGAAGGGGAGGGGCUUCCCCAUGGAUGAAAUGCUCCCCCGACCUUCUUUUUUUUUCUUCUUCUUCUUUUUUUAACCCAAAGGGGUCAUCCUGUCCCCUUCCAAGCGAGUCUGCCAGACGGACCUGCCUUUUUUAAAGUCCUUUUAGCUGAUAAAGAAAGAAAUCUUAUCUUUUGUUCCUCAGACAGAGUAUUUAUUGUGUUUUAGUUUGUGUCAAACCCUGUCCACUGAACAAAAAAAGCUGUAAGUUCUGUUUGUUUGUACGAGUCUAGAGCUUCACGCUUUCCUGAUUAAAUCUUAGCUAGUGAAAUAGUGUUACGCCCCCUGCUCUGUUUUGUUUGAGGUUUUUUUUUCUUUUAGUUUUGGGGCUUUUCAAGGGGGAAAAAAACGCAGUGAUUUAAUUUAUUGUAUUUGAUUUGAAAUCUUUCUCCGCUUUUCUUGUCUACAUUUUUGACAGCAUAGACUCACAGGGGGAUGGCUGAAAGCACUUUUUUGCCUCUUUCACUCGAUGCUGUGGCAAGUUGGGUACUUUCUCAUGCUCUGUGUUUUUGAGCUUGGACACACACAGACACGCAGACACACACACAUUCAUAGUUUGCAGUCCUCAGGGCCUUUGUUUAGUGGAGAUCUUUAUUUAAUUUUUGCAAAUAUUCACAGCAGUAUUCAGGCAGAAAGAGAAAUAGUUACCUGAGCUAGAAUCUGAACUCAACAACUGGGAUCACUUCUCAUUUUUUUAUCCUGUCAGUGUUCCUGCUGAAGUGUCCUUGAGCCAGACACCAACAGGAAAGCCCUGCAUCAUUCCAGAAGAAAAUCUUCUGUCUGAUCAAAAUUAGUUUUGCCACACAGAUAUUUCCAGGUAUUUCAUGCAUUUUUCUUUUUUUUGUUUUUGUUUCAGGCUUGGUUGAAAAGCUGCUACAAGUUUUAUGCAAUCAGUAUUUGUUUGUUUUUGAGGCGCAUCAACAGAAGUAGUCACAGUGAGCUGAUCUCAGCCUUUAAAAAGGGGUGAGUGAAACUACCUGUUUUGAACUGGGUUGUGGCAAACAGGAGCUUAGUUGACAGGAAAGACUUCAGAGGCAGCACAAACAUUACACAUGAUCAUUUUUUUCCAUCUUCUCCAGUGUUUUACAUCAAUUAUGUUUGUGUGAUGAAAAAGAGAAAUGACUGAUUUUUCCUCACUAGAUUUUUUGAGAGUUUGGUAAAUUAUUUUUUUGAUCUGAUUAACUCAUGGAUUUUUCUGGAAACCCCUGCAGCUCUGUGUUGCUUUGGGGUGUGUGUGUGUGUGUGUGUGUGUGUAUGUGUGUGUGAAGUCUUAUUUGUGUUGCUCUGUCUCCUUCCUUCAGAGGACUUGCAAAACUAUUUUCAUCAUUUUCCCCCCUUUAAAAUCACAAAUGUCAGUUUUUUGGAUUAUAAAUGCACAAGUUUAAAGUUGAAGUAAAAGGAUGCAUGGGUUUCAUUCAUUAAAAAAAAAAGAUAACUGGUGUUUAUUUGUACGCAUCUUAGUAAAUACUACAACUCACUCUCCCUUCACUUACUGUUACUAGUAUUUUAGGUUGUUUUUGUGCAAACACAGGGAGUAAAUUCUUUUUUUCAAAUCAACCGAAGCUCUAAAAGAAGGAUGGGAGGGUCUGUGAAGAUUAAUUUUUAGACCUACCUUAGAACUAGAAGAAAACAAUUUUCUAAAUUGUAAAUGGGUCUAGACUUUGACUGGGCCAUUUUUGAACAGGAUUUAAACAACUCCGUCUAUUUUCCAAUCAGCCUCAACCAGCUUCCUUGUCUCAGUUUAAGAAAAGCAUGACCACAGCGUAACACUUCCACCACCCAGGUUUACCAUAUUUACAGUAUUAUGUGUUUUUCACACGUAAGCUAAAAUAUUCAGCUUAAGCUGGCUCACCUUCUUCCACUUGUUUCCAAACCGCAGAUGGGAUGACUUUCUUCUUGCCUCCAGUUUUUUCUUGAGCAUUCUUUAAUAAACGACAGAGUCCUGAUUUUGACAGAAAUUAUACUCUGCUGAAGUUACACAAGUGGACUCUACUUCAAGAAAGUAUCUAACUUUCUCUUAUUUUCUGAUCACCUUUUAAUCACUCUGAUAACCAUGCAUCAUUUUUCUUCUUGUCAAUUAUGCACAACUUUGUAUUGGCCUAUUGUUUAAAAAUACCAAUUACAUUGAGUUCCUUGGUUGUAAAUUGAACCAAAAAAUGUUAAAAACUUAAAAUGUUCAUAAACUUUUGAAUAUUCACCUCCUCUUUGCACAAAAUUGGAAAAAUGCAUCCGAAUCCACCCGAGUCUUGCUCGAGAAAAUAUUUACACAGUGUUUGAAUCCUCCUUUUUCAGAGAGCUGAAUCAUAAUUUUAAGGAUGAACAAAGAGCUGCCAUCCUCUUCCACUUUUUAUUUAUUGCUUAAGCUUUCCCUCUAGUGUGUCACCCUCCCAAAUUCAGCCCAGCAUCCUUCAGUCAUCUCUGCAUAGCCCACACAGCAUCCAUUCUCCUCAUUCUUUCCACCCAGAUGCCUCUGUUUUCGGUUCUUUGUACACAGAUCCCACUCUCUCUGCAUGGCCUCAAGGCAAAACGACACAUCUGAGCAGAGUACGCCGGGUCCAGAAGCACAGCUCAGUUUUAAACCAGCUAAUCAAUGGCUUGCUAAAGAACUGGUUUUAACUGUUUUUGUUGAUGUGCGUGUGUGUGUGAGAGAGAGAGCUUAAAGCUGCAAAUCAGCUUAAAAAGAAACUUAACAAAAGCGGAAAAAUCUCCAUAAUUUGUCGGGAAUUUUAUAAUUUAAGUGGGAGUUUAAGGUACUGAUUGAUAGAAGUCGGGAGGAGACGAGAUGUGGGGAGGGUUUCAGUUUGUUGUAUUUUUGUAAAAAACUAAUAUCAGUUUUAAUUGGUUAGGAGAAGGGGACAGCACUUUGUAGAGAGGCUGGGGGGGCAGGUAGUGCUACUGAACAUAAAAAGCAGAUCUAAGAGACGUAAAGCAUUGUUAAAAUAAGUACUUUUAUUCUUAAUUUAUCGUUGUUUUUCUUUGAAAAUGAGACACCUGUAAAGAACAAAGAAGAGAACUCCUAAUGACACAGUGCCACUUGUUCAUUUUGUGUAAAUAUUACUAGACCAUGUAAAUACAAUGUUGUAUAUGAAAAAAAAACUUUAAAAUAAAAGGGAAAAUCAUUUGUGAGCAGAAAAAUGGUUUUAUUUUUAUUUGGAUGAUUCCAAAUGUGACACAAAUGCUGUGUAAUUCAAAGUUUUGUUUGUUUUAUUUCAAUCUAAAACAGCGAGUGUAUAUAUUUAAUGAACCACAAAGUGUUUUACCGUAUUAUAACCUUUGGUUUAUUUCCUACCUGUGUCAUAAAAAGAAGCUUUUGUCCUCAGUUGCUCGUUUUUUAUCUGGUAUUAUGGUUUUACGGUGCUUUGGACAUGUCUAUAAGCUUGAUUCUGAACAAUUAAAGCUUGUCUGUCAAAGCAUG